AUGAAUUCGGAUGAAGUAAAAAGUCAGAUAUAAGAUUUAAUGGCUAAGUUGAGAUAAUUGAAAGAGAAGAUUUCAAACUUAGAUAUUCCUGAAUUAGGAAAUCAAGCAAGUUAUAAUAAAAAUACAGAUAUGAUUGAAAAUUCAAAAUAACAGCUGCAUCACAUAAUUACUUAAUAUUUUAAAGAUAUUUAAAAUAUAUACAUUUACUUGAGUCGAUUUUAUCCGACGACAGCAUUGAAAUGUAAGAGUUAUUGUAUAUAUAGAAAGAAUAUAUGAAGUAGGAAAUAGAGAGUAUCUUCGCCUAAUUAUCAGAAUACAAGAAGAAAAUGAAUGAUAAAUAAUUUUCUUAGAUAGAUUAUGAAGAAUUUUAGGCAGCAAAUUAUUCUGCAAAGAAGGAGGAUAUCUUAUAGGAAUGUAUGUAAAUUUAAAGUGAAAGUUAUCCAAAUCAUACAAGUGAAUGUAUGCCAAAUAUAAAAAUUCAAAAUAGAAUAACAGAAAGUUUAUAUUUUGGUUUAAAUUAAUAUGCUUCAGUAUAUUGGCCAAGUAAGAAAGGAUAGACGGCAAGUUUUUUGAUAAAUAAAGGAAAUUAUUUUAUAGAAAGUUAAAUGUAAAUAAGUUAAUAAUUUUCAGAUGCAUACCAUAUGCUUAAGAUAAUAAAUUAUAUGGAUAUGAUUAUUCUUCAUAAAAGAUUUAUGAGACAUAAUUAAAUGAAUAGAUUGCAGAUCAUAGUUCAAUGUUAAAUUUGCCAAAUGGUAAUUUAUUCAUAAGUGGAGGAGUAAAUGCAUAAGGUUAGAUAUUAGGAGAAUGCAAAUUGAUUGAUAUAUCAAAGGGAAGUAUUUAAAAGAUACCUGAGAUGUUGGUUAAAAGAGUGGGACAUACAUUGGUAUAUAUAUAACCAAAUACAUUUUGGUCAGAAGCACCAAAAGGUUAUAUUUAUGCAAUAGGAGGAAGAACACACAAUAAUUUUAGAACUAGAUUAUGUGAGAGAUUCAAUCUAGAAACGUAAUAAUGGGAAGAAAUAGAAAAAUUAAAUGAAGCUAGAUCAAGAUCAGCAUGUGCUUAUUGUGAAGAAAUGCAUAGUAUAUUUGUCUUUUUUGGAACUUCAAGUUAAUAACUUAAUGUUGUUAGUGCUGAAAGAUACGAUUUAUUAUCAAAAAAGUGGGAAAGAUUAAUUAUUAAUAAUCAAUUAGAAGGAUUUGAUGUAAGUUGGGGAAAUGCUAUCUGUAUUAAUGAAGAUUAAAUAUUAAUAUUUGGAGGACUUAAAGAUAGUUAAUAUUUUGAAAACAAUCUUUAUUUUAGUAAGAAGAUAUUAGUUUAUAAUAUCUAAAAUGAAAGGUAUAUUAUAUUUGAUAAUAAUUAAAAAGUAUUACAGUAAAUGAUAGUCAAUUACCUGUAGAUUUAUUACCUUUGACUUCAGUUAUCCAUUAAAAUAAAGUAUAUACUGUUGGUAAGUAUAUGAGUUGUGUUCAAUUACCUCCUUAUUAAAGUUUAGGAGAAGGAGCAUUUCUAGUAGAAAUUGGGGAAGUCAAUUCUAUCUGUUGCUUUUUUGGAUGA